CGCAUGAGCCGCUCCUACGGACGGCACAGAAACAACUAGAACUAAACCCGCGGUUUAGAGGGGGUGAUGCAAAAAGACGAAACGAAACAAUUAAGCAGAAUUCGGUAGCACCGGGACAGCGUCAUUUGAACCAAAUAUUUGAGCGGAAAGCUGCUGCCCCGUGUUGUCCCUCCGGUACAUUUGCAAGAGCCUCGGCAAAAGUGGCUGUAAGGCAGUGAUGUGGUCACUCUGGCCUUUCCACCUGGCCCUGGUGCUGUACUCCCUACUCUCAGUGGUACAAGUGGAGACCGCGCCUUGCCAGACGUGCCGCAAACUCGCAGAGAACUUCAUCAAGGGCCUCGAGCACACAGCCAAUAAGAACUUUGGAGGCGGGAACACGGCAUGGGAGGAGGAGAAACUCGCUAAAUAUGCACGGAGUGAGACACGAUUGCUGGAGAUCAUUGAAUCCAUCUGUGACAGCUCAGACUUUGAGUGUAACCAACUCCUGGAGCAGAUAGAAGAUCAAGUGGAGACAUGGUGGUUCAAGAGGCAGCAGGAGUCACCUGACCUUUAUGAAUGGCUGUGCAUUGAUGAACUGCGACUGUGUUGCCCUCCAGGGAAGUUCGGACCUGAUUGUGAAGAAUGCCCAGUGGGUGCUGGAGGCGUAUGCGGGGGGUUGGGGAGAUGCGAGGGGGAUGGGACUCGCCUUGGAGCCGGCGAAUGUGUCUGCGAUCCAGGUUAUGCGGGGGAGCUGUGCCAGGAGUGUGCAGAUGGUUACUACAGAGAGAAGAGCUCUAAUGGCACGCAGGCACCCUGCUCAGCAUGCUAUCAUUCCUGCAAGCGCUGCACUGGGCCAGAGGACUACAAAUGCCUGGACUGCAAGGCAGGCUGGACCCUUCACGACAACAAAUGUGUGGAUAUUGAUGAAUGUGGCACAGAGCUGGCUAAGUGUCCUUCCAACACGUACUGCUUCAACACAGAUGGCUCCUAUGAGUGUAGAGGCUGUGACCAGGCAUGUGUAGGCUGCAUGGGUGGUGGACCAGCCCGCUGUAAGAAGUGUGCCCGCGGGUACAGGCUGGUGGGAGCUAAGUGCCUGGAUGUGGAUGAGUGCAGUGAGCAGACCAUGCCAUGUCCAGGGCUGAAUGAGGCCUGCGUUAAUGAGGAGGGCUCAUUCCGCUGCGAAUGCGCAGAUGGGUUUCUGCGCAGGGAUAGUAUCUGUGUGGAGAGCCUACCACCAUCGGGCCCAGAGAAGGGGCUUUUCGAGGACAUGACGGAUGACGAGGUACUGGUUCUGCAGCAGAUGUUCUUCGGGGUGGUCAUCUGUGCCUUGGCCACUCUGGCUGCCAAGGGUGACAUGGUCUUCACUGCAAUCUUCAUCGGGGGUGUGGCCGCCAUGGCUGGAUACUGGCUGUCAGAGAAGGGGGACCGCUUGCUGGAUGGAUUCUUGCGGGGACGCUAACCUUCUUUGAGGGUUUAGCCCUGGGGCUGGGGGAGUUAUGUGGCCUUUCUCAGGCUGGGGGUGAGGGACAGAAGUGGGAAGUGAUUCUGAAAACAUAGUAAAGGCUAAAAGAAAAAAAAAUGGCAGCUUGGAAUGGUGGAAGGGAGGGGUAUCGGAAUAGAGGGACGGAGUGGGUUUUUAGGAAAAACCUCAACACUGGAAGAAGAAAUUUCUAACGUAAGUCGGACCUCUGCAGUUUGUCCUUAACUGCAGUUCUUGCACUCAUUUCUCAUAGAAAUCUGCUGCCCGUCACCUUGAAACCCCCCCCCCCAAUCAGAGGUGAACAAAUCAGACACCCCAAGAAGCUUUGGCUCCUCAUUUCAACAAGACUGUACUAUUCAUAUAGGACAAUCUUAUUUAUUUUUCUUUGUAUGUUUUAGGGGAUGGGGAGGGGGCAAAAUGAAGGGAAACUUACACACUAACUGUCUAGACUGUUGCCGACUGGCGAACUCAAGGCACGUGCUAUACCUUGAUUGUGGGCAUCCCCAGCUGGCUGAAUUUGGAGAAAUGUCCUUUCGGUUACAUCUAGAGAAGGGAAAUUAAGGGGUUUUUUUCUUUAUGUUUCACAAAUAAAGUGUGAAAAAAUGAAUGCAUGAGAAGCCAUAUCGCAGGCCAGUGUAAUUUGGCCUUAUCUUUGUACAGAUGUGAGAGAGACUGGUGCAUACAAGUGCUAUCACUGCGGCAAGGCGACGGAAGGCUGUGGAUCGAUUGUGGUGUGGAAAGAUAAUGCACGAGUCCCUUCUCAUUUUUAUCCAGGCAGGAUUCCCAGUACACAGUGUAGUAUUUAAUUCUCAUGAAUACCUACUGCCUCAGCAGCGAUAGCGUGUGCGCGCAUGUAUGCACGGAUACUUGUGUAUAGCUGUAUGUUUAUCUUAUGACUGUAAUAGAAAGGAACUAUUACACAAGAUGGAACUUAACCUUUAUUUUGAACCUGCCUAGUUUUAAAAGGCUUUUAAAUGUGCUUGUCUAAAUCCUCCAAAUGCAUACAUCUCUCAUGUCGCCAGUGUAAUCUAACAUUGUAAUAGCAUCACUGCUUUCAUGAAACAGCAGUUAACCAUCAUACCAUUUGUAAUUUUAGUUGUCUCCACAGACAUGUUGAGGAGGAAAAAGGGCUCUUUGUGUUGUCCAAGCAGCUUGACUGUGUGAGUGUCUCGUCAUCUGUCGGCCAUGUCCAUUACUCAACAUCCACAGCCUGUGUCGUCCAGCUGUUUCGGUGUAGGGGAAGUUGCGCUUCCUGACCUACUGUGGCCUCCUUGCUGAGUUGUGUAUGCAUAUGCGUGUUUACAUUUGUCUUUUUGUCCCUAUCUGUAGUGAUGUGUACGUGUCUGUCUUCUCCCUGAGUGGAAGCACCAUCUGUCUCAUUGCUGUCUGGGUGGAGCAGACCUCCUACAGCUGCUCUGUGAAUGACUGACAAUGUGAAAUCAUCCACAUCUCCGGUCUGCUGUGGUGCUUUUUCAGACAUGAUUAUCAUUGAGGAAACUUGCACUUCUUCAGAUUAUUAAAAGAGUAUGAUUGUUUCUACUUCCCUACUGAGGUUAUAUCGUUUGAGUAAGAAUGAAAAAUGUGGUGUUGACAAGUAUAUUAUGUAAGAUUUCUGUAUCUGCAAAGUUUAGUUGACUGCUCUGUUCCUUAGGCUUUGCAGAAACUUAAAGACACUUUGUUGCAGUUGAUCAAAUUUAGCUAAGAAACCAGAUGGGAUAUAAAACAAUGUCACUACUGUGAAUGAAUUGAUAGCCCAUAUAGGUAUUGUGUUCUUUCCUUAAGACUUGAACUUGUAUUGUAAUUAACUUCAAAACAUUUAAGUUAGUUAUAAAUUAUGAUUACAAUUGAUGACUGCAGUCCCCUUUUUCCUCAGCUAAGAAAAAAAUAAA